AUGAAGUCUUUGCUUAUCAUAUUUUCACUGAUUCUGUGUUCUAGUAUUAUAACUGUGAGAUCCCAGUUAACCACUGAUUUCUACGACAAUACAUGUCCUAAUCUUCUCAAAAUUGUUCGUCAAGAGAUCAAGAAAGCUAUCGAGAACGAAAUGCGAAUGGCAGCUUCCUUGCUCCGACUCCACUUCCAUGAUUGCUUUGUAAAUGGUUGCGACGCAUCGUUACUCUUGGACGGGAGUGAUGGUGAGAAAUUUGCUGGCCCAAACUUAAACUCUGCAAGAGGAUUUGAUGUUGUGGAUACUAUCAAGAGUGCUGUUGAAAGUUCAUGCAGUGGAGUGGUAUCCUGUGCUGACAUAUUAGCUAUCACAGCCAGAGAUGCUGUCCUUUUAAGUGGAGGACCUUCAUGGAAAGUUCUCCUAGGAAGAAGAGAUGGGUUGGUGGCAAAUCAAACAGGAGCAAACACUGGCCUUCCUUCUCCUUUCGAGACCUUGGAUAAAACCAUCGAGAAGUUUGCUGCUGUAGGUCUUAAUCUCACUGAUGUUGUAUCCUUAUCAGGAGGUCAUACAAUAGGGUUGGCAAAGUGUGCCACUUUCAGUCAAAGGUUGUUCAACUUCUCCGGGACAGGUGCACCAGAUAGUACUUUGGAAACUAACAUGCUUUCCGAUCUACAAAAUCUCUGCCCAACAAAUGGUGAUGGGAACAAGACCACAGCUCUUGAUCGGAACUCAACUGAUCUAUUUGAUAACCAUUACUUCAAGAACCUGCUGAAUGGAAAGGGUCUUCUCCUUUCAGAUCAAAAUCUCUUUUCAAGUGAUUUGGCUGUUUCAACUACAAAAACACUUGUGGGAAGUUAUAGCAAUGACUCUUCCCUUUUCUUCAACACUUUUGCCAGUUCCAUGAUCAAUAUGGGUAAUAUUAGUCCUCUUACUGGAUCAGCUGGCCAGAUACGCAAGAACUGCAGGGUAGUCAACUGAGACUUGCA